AUGGCUUCAACAAGCCCACCCGGCGACACCAACACCGUCGUGGUUUCCCCCGCCGCCCACCGAUCCCCUGCUCCAACCCACCCGGAGCUGAGCAGAGGGACGUGGAGCAAGCGGUACGGCCGCUACGACUUUGAGCGGUUCGACCACAUCAACCACAGGGACGCGCUGGUGGGCGGCGCGUCCAUCGGCAACGCGCAAGUCGACUGCAACCUGCUGUUUGCCGAGUCGCAAUGGGGCGUGCUGGAACAGGCCGACGCCGGCAUCGUCUACAUUGACUUUCACAUCCAGCAGCCGGCCAACUACCGGCUGGACUGGGCGAGGAUAGAAGUCACCCUCGAGGACGUUUGCGAGACGCCGUACUUGGGCCUCCCCCCUCAGAUAACGCCCUACUACGGCCCGCGCCGCGUCGUCGGUCCCGAGAGCACCAAGACCAAGUUUGAGCGGGUCAAUGUGGAGCCCAGGCUCGAGGUGAUGGGAGCGGGAGGCGGGCUGGGUGGCAAGGAGUUCGAGACCGCGUUUGAGGUGCCCUGCAGGUGGGAGUUUACGGGGAACCGUGUGUGCCGGGACAAGAAGGGUAACAAGGUGUUUACCGGCCUGCACACGACGUUGGAGUGGAGCCUGAAGGAGAAUGAGCUGGACCCUGGGCAGCAGAACCUCGUCAAGACGGCGUUUGCAUUUGCGCGCCAGGGGGAGGCCUUUCUGAUGAAGAUCAAGGUCCGUGGUGGGUUGAAGGGGAGGAUGAAUCGGAUCAAGGCAAAGUUUUCCCACAAGAGGGGGUCCAAGGAUGGCAUCUCAACCACCAGGAUUGGUCCGUACACUGGUCCCAAGCGAUCUCUGGACACUGUUGCCAACAAUCUCGACAAGGUCAUGGAGAUGAAGAACCAGCAGCUUACUGCGCUGGAGCUACCUCGGCCACAGCCUGCCACUUUCUGGCAAGUUUCUACUCCAGAGCCAACCGGCGGUAGCCAGAGUGGCAGUGAUGAUGUGCAGACCGCUGCCCCAACCCUAGCUCCUCUUCAGUCGGCUUCCAGGCCACAAGCGGUCCUCCCAUCCGUGCCCGCUCCAGUACAGAUUGAAGCGGCGGCGCCACCCAGUCUAACGCCAACAGGCUUGCAGGAUCGAACGCAGCCGACGCUGGAGAAUCUAAAUGCAAUGGCGGAGCUGUUUAUGCGCCCGACUCUCGAAACAAUACGACAGGAGAUAAGCCUGCAAACACCAGCGAAUCACCCAACUACAGUCACAACACUCUCGAGCCAGACUUCCACCACAGAAGAUACACCGAGUUUGACGAUUUCUGCCGCCCCGGAGGCUAACAUGGUCCCAACUCCCACCCCGGAAACAACAGUCAGAGACGCCGCAGCACCGGAGCCCGUAGUUACUAUCCAGGGAACUGUGGCAUCUGGAGAUGACGAGGUCGCCCUACUACAAGAGGCUCUCAGCAAGCGAAUGCAAAAGCUUAGAGGCGUCUUUCUCUGGAUGAUAUUCCAGCCUCCAAAGAUCCCCUUACUUGUCUUGCACAGACUACAUCAGCUGAUCAAAUGGCCCCGACUCAUCGUUCGCCUCAUGCUUCGAGUCCGGGUGCAUGCUGGCGUCGACGACGUACAGGUUCUCCAUGCCGUGGACCUUGGCGUCGGGGCCGACGACAGACGUCGCCUUGUCCUCACCCAUACCGGCCGUGCCGACAAAGUGGUUGCCCGGCUCGAUGUUGCUGAGCACCGCCGUCGAGUUGCUGUAGCCCUUGAGCUGCCAUCCCGGGUAGGCCUUGACGGCGGCGACCGUCUCCUCGACGAAGGCCAGGGCGGCCUUGCGGUCCGCCGCGUCGACGAGGUACGGCUGCUGCUUGAAGACCAUCUUGCCGGUCGAGUCGAUGCCGACGGAUCCCUUGGACGUCAGGCCGUGCGUCAGGUACGCCUUGAUGCUGAACUGGCCGGGCCCGCCGGGCGAGCAAGAGCCCUGGAUGUAGCGGGUGCGGUUGUCGCCGCCGGCGUUGUUGGACGUCCAGAAGAUGAGCUUGUGCAUGCCCUGCGCGAGCUGGCCCGACGACUUGUCGUUGUACAGGGUGAUGUCGGACUCGGCCGACGCCACGCCGAACGCCGCGGCGGACGCGUUGAAGGCGCCAAACGUCUCGUUGGUCUGGAUGGUGAGGGUGAAGAUGGAGUGGUCGCGGAUGGUCUUGCCGACGGGCAGGUUGACCCACUGGUCGCGAGCCGGGAGCUUGACGCCGCUCGUGCCGUUCUGGAUGAUGCGCAGCUGGUCCUCGGGGCCGAUGCCCGAGUUGAGCAGCACGCGGGGUGUUCCCCAGGCACCAGCGGCCAGGAUCACCUUGCCGCCCUCGGCGAGACGGAAGCGCUUCUUGCCGCCGUCCAGCUCGACGCCGGUGACCUUGCCACCGUCGCGGAGCAGCCGGGACACGGUGGCGUUGAGCUCCAUGCGGAAUCCGGCCUGCUGGCGCGCGACGGGCAGGUAGCUGGCCAGGGAGCCGGCACGCUUCUGGUUGCCAAUGUUCCAGUGCGGGUACGAGUAGGCCUCGUGCUUCUCGUCGGGCUGCUCGGUCUGGCUGACGGCCUUCCAGCCGCGCGAAGCCAGGAACCCGCUGCCCAGGGCGUCGUACAUGGCAAAGUCGUAGCGUUUGCCGUCGGCCGACGGGAUGGACGAGCCCGGGUUGACGGCGUAGACGCGGUCGGCGGCGGGCUUGACGUCGUUCCACUUCCAGCCCUGGGGCCAGCGGUCGUCAAAGUCGUGGGCGGGCGGGUGGACGUAGACAAGGUAGUUGAAGGAGCCGGCGCCGCCGAGGACGCAGGCCGAGACGCCCUCGGUGUCGGGGCACAUGUACUUGGAGAAGAGGCCGACGUCGCGGACGGCGGGGGCCAGGCCGGGCACGUCGGUCGGGGUGAGGGUGUCGUUCCACGAGAGGACGUUGUCGGCGCCCGUGGCGACGGUGGGGCCGACGCCGCGCUCGAGCAGGAGCACGUGCUUGCCGGUCUGGGCGAGGCGGGUCGCGGCGAUGAUGCCGGCCUGGCCGCCGCCGACGACGAUGUGGUCGUAGGUCUGCUUGCCGGCGCACGAGCUGUUGCCGGCAGCCGUGACGGCGGCGAUGGCGCACGCCAGGCUGGAUAG